GUUUCAAUUAGGCAAACAUCUAUACGGUAAAAUGUAUAACAUGCAGUGUUGGUUUCAUAGCGCGUAGGAAAUUACCUGUGACUGUAUCUUCAAGCUGUAAAGGAAUGAGAUGGACAUUCAACAGAAAUUAUGGCUGGCCGCCUUGGAUGGUCAAAUUGAAGAGGCACAAAGGCUGACAAAAAAUGGUGCCAACGUCAAUGCUGCUACUGAUCUGUUUAAGGCAACAGCAUUACACCGUGCCUCCUUGAUGGGGAAACCGAUUGCUGUUGAUGUUUUGUUGAAAGUCGGGGCCAAUGUAAACCAAGAGGAUGGCGAUGGCCUUACUGCAUUACAUAUGGCAGCAAACAUUGGGAACAGGUUGAUCAUUCAAAAUCUUCUUCGAGCGGGAGCGAUAGUGGAUGCUAAAAACAGGGAUGGAAGGACCCCUUUACACGUUGCUGCUUUGAACGGAGAUUUCAAAACCACGCAGUUCCUCAUCUUAGAAAAAGCAUCAAGCGAUGCUUUGGAUAAGCAAGGGCACACGCCAUUAGAUUUAGUCAAGAGAAAGAUUGAAGAGAAGAAAGACGAAGGCUUGACAGAGGCAGCAGAGCCUUUGUACAGGACGUUAGCUUUUCUAGAAAGUACUCAAAAAAAAGCCAAAGACAAUGAAGCAGAAGAAAUGUGCCUCCUCAGAGACUUUGGAGAGGAAGUUGAGACAAGGUUUCGGGAGUAUCUGCGACAAGGAUCAGAGGAAUAUUACGAAAUCAAUCUGAUGUUUAUCGGACAGGCAGGUGUUGGAAAAACAACUCUUACCAAAGGACUCUUGGGAGAACUCGACCCAACAACAAAGCUAGACAGCACAAAUGGCAUAGACCUGCAUCUUCAUCGAUGUAAAUACGACAGGCAAUCCAGACAAAUUUACCCAGUUUCAAAAGAUAUGAGCGAACAAAUUCUGAAUCAAAGAAUCGGGGGCUUAAUUCAAAAGUCGUUAAAAGACAAACCAGUCCAAUGUUCAGGAAAAGUUCCUGUAGAAUCACUUGAAACACAAUUACCAGGUCUUACGCUUAACUCGACUGUAAUAGAUGCAUUUAGCAAACCCUCUAUCUGUUCUCAUUGCUCAUCAAGUUUCAUCGAAGAAGACAAUAAUCUUGAAAAUAUAAAAGGAGAUGAAGAGGGAAAAGAAACAACCUGUGCUUCAGUUGGGACAAUGAACUACCUCGGAACUCCAUCAGGAGAUUUGAAAUUAGAGACUUCUUCUUUAAAUCCGGAAUAUACAUGUGGAUGUCUUCAGAAUAAUUUGGUUUCCACAAAUUUGACUAGUGAAAACAUAUCAAUGGAAACAUCUUCUACAUCACUUAUUUCUAAAGAUGUGGAAUCUUUAAUCAAAUCUGACGCACAAGGUUCAAUCCCAUCAUUUAAACCAACGCAUGUCAAUACUCUUGUCACCAAAGCAAAGGUUCUCUCAUCAGAAGAAAGACCCGAGAGACUUGUUCCAAUAACGAUUUGGGACUUUGGGGGACAAGAAGUAUUUUACACAACUCAUCAAACAUUUCUUUCCGCCAACUGCAUCUAUAUGAUGACCUUCAAUUUGUUCGAAUUUUGGCAAGAAGCGGAUUCCAACAAAACAUUGAUAACCACAAUGGAUACCAUCUCUUUCUGGAUAAAUUCUGUUGUCACUUACGCAAGACACGCUGUUCCGGGAUAUCCUAAGAUCGUUCUUAUAGGAACACAUGCUGACUGCUUUCCUGUAGAAGAAAGAGGAAAGAUAUUAUGGAUGGUCUUCCAAAAGCUCGAGAAAUACUUUCGGAGAAGUGUUCAGAGACAACAUUUAAUCAUCAGUCCUCGCCAUUUCCUUGAUGCCAGAGAGGCUGAAAGUGUGCCGUUUGACCUCUUACGUCAAUGUGUCAUGGAGAUAGCGGAAUCAUUACCAGAUUGGGGAUUGCCCAUUCCACAUAAAUGGAUUGUUCUAGAAAAUCUUGUCGCUGAUUUGAGAGCAUGUGGUUGCAAAAUUGUUUCUGUUGAUAAACUACAAUGCAUGCUAGAGGAUGAAUUAUAUUUCAAGCGACAAGAAAUUGAAGACUUUUUGACUUUUCAACAAUCAAUUAGCAAACUUCUUUAUUUCAAAGACAGUUUCCUCCACGAAAAUGUUAUUUUAGAUCCAAGCUGGGUGAUCGAUGCUCUAUCGUCCUUUAUCACUGAUGAUCGAAUUUCGUGUUGUGUCGUUAAUCAAAGAUCACUCGGAUGGAAUAAUUUGAGAGAACUUGGACAACUGAGUUUGGAUCUUAUAGAUGACAUAUGGAAGAACUCUGAUUUUUAUCCUUUCAAGGAUUACCUACUCAAUGUCCUUUGUAGACUGGAUUUAAUCACAAGGAGCAAACACAAAGAUUUCUUCUACGUUCCAGGAAUGGUGAAAGGAAAGUGUCCCGAAGAGAUAAUUAAUGACGUCCACACCUCAACAGAAGUAGGACUGGUUUCCUUCAAGAUCGUAUUCAAGAAUAAUUUUCUGCCACCUGCCAUCUAUAAUAGAAUGGUCACAGCAUUUCUUUCAAUGUUUGAAAGCUCAUCACAAUCAUCAACACAACUGUUCAACGACUGUGCCAUUUUUGAACUCUCUCGAAGUAGAUGGGCCAUUCUCUACAAGCAAGGCAAUGAAAUCGAGAUAUUUACUUACAUAUGUGAUCGACGAGGCAAAGCAGCAGACAUAAAAUCUUUUCGUAUGGUGUAUAGCAUAACGUUAGACUGUCUAAAAGAUCUUAUGAAGCUUUACAGCGCGUUCCAAAAUGUCUCCGUGAAAGAAUCCGACUUGCCUUUUGAAGUCCUAUGCCAAGGAUGCAGAAUAUCGCUUUGUUAUAUCAGUAAAGGUGAUUACCAUGAGUUGGAACAUUUCCGAUGCCCGAUUCACAAUGAUUAUCUCUGCAGUGUUGAAACUUUAGAAGAAAUCUUUGGAUCAAAGGAAUUCAAAGAAGAAAAAGAGCCCUUUGUUAGGACGGUAGAUAUCCAUCCCUAUCCUUGCCUAGCAUUAAAAGAAAAUGCUGAGUGCUUCCUGGACUACAUCGCCAGCAAGGUCUCUGGAAGUGAUUGUGUGUUCUUAUCUGCUGCUCUUGGCUUUGGUGUAACAUUUGUCAAAAACCAACGCCAUGAUUAUUCAAGCCCACAUGAAUUAGCUUUUGGCAUUCUCUACAACUGGCAGAAAAUGCACCCCUUAACUCAAAGUAUCAACCAACUUAUACAAGCUUUUGUUGAUUUCGAGCGACAGGACAUUACCGAAGGGCUGAAAUGCUUCACAUUUCAGAAGUUUAUGGAUUCUGCCGCCUUGUUGAAUAUUCCAAAUCCAGACAUGCCUGUCUCAGACGAAGAUCUUGUGAUUGUGUCAAAGAAAGUGAAAGACAUCAAGCGGGUCUUCAGAUUUCUGCAUAUUCCCCAAUGGUUUAUUGAGGAAUGUGAAUUUGAACUUAAAGGAUCUCCCCAAGAUGUCAUCGCUUUAGUGACUUUAUCGAAAUGGGGAGAGUCCAAAGUCAAACCUUCCAGAGAAAGUCUUAUUGCAGGAUUAUUGUACAUUGAAUUUAAAGAGUUGGUUGACAAACUAGUAGAGAAAUGGCAUAUAAAUCCCUAGAAAAGAUAG